AUGAAGGCUUUUGUUGCAGUUAUUCUCAGUUUAUCGGCUUCUGCCGUAUUCUUUGUGAAUGCUACUGAUAAACCUGUCGUUGGAGGACUUGGUAAAGCUAAACUUGCCACAAAAGAAAUCCAGGAACUUGUUGACUCUGUGCGCGAUGAUAUAAUCAGCAAUCUUCCUAUUGGAUACGACAGAGAGAUGCCGCUGCCACUUAAAGCACGCUUCUACAGGGAACAAGUGGUCGCUGGCACGAACUAUUUUAUCAAGAUUCAAACAGGCCCACUGAGGUUUAUCCACGUUAGAAUAUUUAAAGAUCUCCAGGGUGUCGCUUCUGUUUCCGGUGUCCAGAUCAACAAGCUCCUCAGAGACCCACUUGAAUAUUUCUAAAGCAACUUUAAAUGCUUUAUCAAAUGUUCAUAGACAUCUUGAUACAGUGUUAUUAUUUCAAAGUCUUUUGAUUUUUAUCUAUUGUCCAUUGACUUUUAUAAUAAUUUUUGGAACACUGAAUUUAAAU